AUGUUCCAUUCUGCUUCUUUUUCCUAUUCUCAAGGUCUGAUUUCUUUGCUGACUUUUUGUUCAAUAAAUAUAAUCAUUUUCUUGAAUGGUGGGUUUUUCUUCUUUUACAGCCUGCUUUCUUUUUUUUCUGCCAACUGGAUGCUUUUUUUUUCUUUCAUUCUUCUUUAUCAUUUUUUGAUUUUUCUUCUAUCCAUUUCAAUCUUCUUUUCUUUCAUUCAAAAAGCUGAGCUUCUUUCAUUUUCUUCUUCUUCUUUCUUUCAUUUAAAAUUCUUCUUCUUCUUUAAUUCAAGUUUUCUUCUUUCAAAAAAUGACUUUGUAUUUUCAAGCUUCUUUUUCUAUUUCAAAAGGUUGUUCUUGAAAUUUUUAUUCAUUGGUUUUUUUCUGUAUUUUCAAGGAAGUUUUUUUCUUUCAUUUCCCAACUUCUCUUUUCUUUCUUUCAUUCAAGUUCUUUUUUCUUUUCUUUUCAUUCUUUUCUUUCUUCUUUUUUUCAGCUUCUUCUUUUCUUUUCAUUCAAGCUUCUUUUUCUUUCAUUCUCCUUCUUUUUCUUUUUUCCACUUUCUUCUUUCUUUUCUUUCCUUUUUUUUUUCAAUCCCUCUUUUUUCUUUCACUUUUCUUCUUUUUUUUUCUUUUCUUCUUCUUCUCUUCUUUUCUUUCUUCUUUUCUUUUUUCUUUUCUUUUUUUUUAUCAUUCUCCUCUUUCUUUUCUUCAUCUUUUUCUCAAUUCUUUUCUUUCAUUUUUCAAGCUUCUCCUUUUCUUUUUCUCAAGCUUUUCUUCUUUUACCCUCCUCAUCAUUCAUUUCUUCUUCUUUUCUUUCAUUUUUUUCAUUUUCCUUUUUCAUUCAAGCUUCUUCUUUUUUUCUUUUUUUUUCUUUUCUCCAUUUUCUUUUUCUUUCAUUUUCAUUCUUCUUCUUUUCUUUUUCUUUUUCCAUUUUCCUUUUACCCUCCUUUCUUUAUUUCUUCUUCUUUUCUUUUCUUUUUCAUUUUCCUUCCUCAUCUUUAUCAUUCUUUCUUCUUUUCUUUCAUCUUUUUCUCCAUUUUCCUUUUUACCUCCUCAUCUUUUUCAUUCUCUUCUUCUUUUCUUUCUUUUCUUUUUCUCCAUUUUCCUUUUACCCUCCUCAUUUUAUCAUUUUCUUCUUUUUUCUUUCAUCUUUUCUUUUUUUCAUUUUUACCUUUUCAUCUUUAUCAUUUCUCUUCUUCUUUUUUUCAUCUUUUCUCCAUUUCAUUUUUUACCCUCCUCAUCUUUUCAUUCUCUUCUUCUUUUCUUUCUUCUUUUCUCCAUUUUCCUUUUUACCCUUUUCAUCUUUAUCAUUCUCUUCUUCUUUUCUUUCAUCUUUUUCCAUUUUCCUUUUCCUCCUCUUCUUUUCUUUCAUUCUCUUUUCUUUCUUUUCUUUCAUCUUUUCUCCAUUUUCCUUUUUAUCCCUUUCAUCUUUAUCUCUCUUCUUCUUUUCUUUCAUCUUUUUUUCCAUUUUUUUUUUUACUUUUUCCAUUUUCUUUCUCCUUUCCUUUUUUCUUCUUCUUUUUCUUUCAUCUUUUUCUCCAUUUUCCUUUUACCUUCCUCAUCUUUUCAUUCUCUUCUUCUUUUCUUUCAUCUUCAUUCCAUUUUCCUUUUUACCCUCCUUUCUUUUCAUUCUCUUCUUCUUUUCUUUCAUCUUUUUCUCCUUUUUCCUUUCAUCUUUUCUUCUUUUUUUCAUUCUCUUUUUCUUCUUUUCUUUUCUUUUCUCCAUUUUCAUUUUACCCUUCUCAUCUUUAUCAUUCUCUUCUUCUUUUUUUCAUCUUUUUCUCCUUUUUCCUUUUUACCCUCCUUUCUUUUUUCUUUUUUCUUCUUUCUUUUCUUCUUCUUUCAUUUUCUUCUUUUUUUUCUUUUUCUACCUUCUUUUUUUUUCAUUUCUUUCUUCUUUUCUUCUUUUCAUCUUUUUCUCCAUUUUCCUUUUUACCCUCCUCAUCUUUAUCAUUCUUCUUCUUCUUCAUUUUCAUCUUUUCUCCAUUUUCCUUUUUACCCUCCUCAUCUUUUCAUCAUUCUCUUCUUUUUUCUUUCAUCUUUUUCUCCAUUUUCCUUUUUACCCUCCUCAUCUUUAUCAUUCUCUUCUUCUUUUCUUUCAUUUUCAUUUUCUUUUCUCCAUUUUCCUUUUUUCUUUUCAUCCUCUUUUCUUUUAUUCAUUCUCUUCUUCUUUUUUUUCAUCUUUUCUCCAUUUUCCUUUUUACCCUCUCAUCUUUUCAUUCUCUUCUUCUUUUUUUCAUCUUUUCUCCAUUUCUUUUUACCCUCCUCAUUUUUUCAUUCUCUUCUUCUUUUCUUUCAUCUUUUCUCCAUUUUCUUUUUUACCCUCCUCAUCUUUAUCAUUCUCUUCUUUUCUUUUCUUUCAUCUUUUUUCUCCAUUUUCCUUUUUACCUUCUUUCAUUUUUAUCAUUCUUCUUUCUUCAUUUUUCUUUCUUCUUUUUCUUCCAUUUUCCUUUUUACCCUCCUCAUUUUAUCAUUCUUCUUCUUCUUUUCUUUCAUCUUUUUCUCCAUUUUCCUUUUUUACCUUCCUCAUUUCAUUCAUUCUUCUUCUUUUCUUUCAUCUUUUCUCCAUUUUCCUUUUACCUCCUCAUCUUUAUCAUUCUCUUCUUCUUUUCUUUCAUCUUUUUUCCAUUUCCUUUUUACCUCCUCAUUUUAUCAUUCUUCUUCUUUUCUUUCAAUCUUUUUCCAUUUUCCUUUUUACCCUCCUCAUUUUAUUUUCUUUCUUCUUUUUCUUUUUCUUUCAUUUUUCUUUUUUUUUCCAUUUUCUUCUUUUCUUUUUUUUUUUCAUUUUCCUUUUUUACCCUCUUCAUUUUUUUCAUUCUCUUCUUCUUUUCUUUCAUUCUUUUUCUCCAUUUUCCUUUUUUUACCCUCUUCAUUUUUAUCAUUCUUCUUCUUUUUUUUUUCAUCUUUUUCUUUCAUUCUUUUUCUUUUUCCUCCUCAUCUUUAUCUUCUUUUCUUUUUUUUUCUUUCUUUUUUUUCCUUUCUUUUUACCCUCUCUUCUUUUUUCAUUUCUUCUUCUUUUUUCUUUUUUUCUUCUUUUUCUUUUUCAUUUUCCUUUUCUCCAUUUCCUUUCCUUCUUCUUUAUCAUUCUCUUCUUCUUUUCAUUCUUUUCUCAUUUUUUUCCUUUUUACCCUCCUCAUAGCUUUUAUCAUUCUCUUCUUUUUUCUUUCUUUCAAGCUUCUUUUUUUUCUUUUUCCCUUCUUCUUUUCAUUCUUCUUCUUCUUUUCUUUCUUCUUCUUUUCUUCUUUCAUUUUACUUCUUCUUCUUCUUUUAUUCAUUUUUCUUUUCAUUCUUAGCUUUUUCUUCUUUCAUUCUUUUCUUCUUCUUUCUUUCAUUCAAGCUUCUUUUUCUUUCAUUCAAGCUUCUUCUUCUUUCAUUCAAGCUUCUUCUUCUUUUUCAUUCUUUUUUCUUCUUUCAUUCAAGCUUUUUCUUCUUUUUUCAUUCAAGCUUUUCUUCUUUCAUUCAAGCUUCUUCUUUUUCUUUCAUUCAAAGCUUCUUCUUCUUUUUUCAAGCUUCUUCUUCUUUCAUUCAAGCAUUUUUUCUUUUCUUUUUCAGCUUCUUUUUUUCUUUCUUUCAAGCUUCUUUUUUUUCAUUCAGCUUCUUUUUUCUUUCAUUCAAGCUUUUCUUCUUUCAUUCAAGCUUCUUCUUCUUUUUCACUUUUAA